AUGUUAACAAUAAAUUUUUUAUCUCCAAAAGUCGUAACUGAGGAGGUGUGCCAGUUUGACGAGUUCUUAGCUCACUGCUCGAACGGACAGAAAAUAUUCAUCAGGAACGCUACCUACGGACGAAUGAAAAUAAAUAAAUGCAUUACAAAAGAAGAAAUAGAAGCAUUCGGAAGGUUAGGGAGCGAUCCCAAAUAUCUGGGAUGCCAUUGGGAUGCAUCCACCUUACUUAGAGAGCAGUGUUUACUGAAAGAUAAUUGCAGGUUGAAGAUUUCUGAAAUAAAAUUGACGACUGGCUGUUCUCCAGGGCUUAAUAAUUACUUGGAAGUAAAUUAUGAAUGUUUGGAAGUUGCGGAUAGCAGCAACCCAACGUGUUAUGUCACAGCAAAGCAAGAGCCAAGUUACUUAGUUGUAACUGGUGACACUCAAAAUAAGAAUCUUGUUCAUUUUCAGAGUAAAGUUUGCGGAACUUCGUCAAGACCGUGGAUAAUUGAGGCUUUGAACGGACAAAAAAUUGUCAUCACACAGUCUAAAAUUAAUUCAGGUUUGAAACAACCUUCAGAACUUAAUAAUCUCCAAGUUUCGAAAGCUGAAAAUUGUAGAAAUGUGUUGGGAAAAAUCAAAAACCUGAAAACUAAAGAAGUGACAUCAAUCUGUCGAGAUAGAUUCUACAACGACCCUGAUGAAGUAACUCUCACUGAUUCCUACCAUGCAAUUCUCGAACUUACCACAUCCCAAUCGAAAUCACCAGAGCUCUCAUCCAGUCACGCCGAACUUGAUUUGAUAAAAAUCCAAGUUCUCAAAACAGAUUUCACUACAAAAAUUAACGAACUUAAAAAAUGUUCCCAAAUCCCCACAAAAGCUGAUGGAUGUAGGGACAUAAUUCAGCCGGAAGACACUUGGAUGCAACGCAAUGGAGAUGAGAUGAUCAUCGGAUGUUUCAUGACCAAACAGAAAUGGUACCUACUCUGCUUGGACCGCGUCUGGUCUGGCGUCAUUGGAAACUGCUCCAUAUACAAUGUGAACAAGUUAAGAAAUGCACAAGAACUAGCAGUUGAUAGAUCCGCAAAUAAUGAACAAGAGAUCUUGUUGAUGGUCCUAAUAAGCGGGUUUGGUAUAGUGUUGUGCUUCUUAAUAAUUUGCAUCGGAGCUGUCUGUAUUAGAAAAUAUACAAUCAAGAAACUUCCAACGACAACUUCAAAUUUAUACAACAAACCACAACAACCUGCUUACUAUCUCAACGAGCAGCCACUCGUCAACCUCGACCACAAUUUGGUUGAAGAAUACUGCAACAAGGAGUUUUUCAGACCGACAUGCGGCCCUGGAGAGGUUUUGUUGAUCCAGAAGGCUCACUACGGCAGGAUGAAUGUGGGUAGGUGUCUGACUGAAACUGAACUGAACGCCUACGGAUCUAUUAGGGACAGUCCAAACUUUUUUGGUUGCUACAAAGAUGUCCGAGAAUUCUUCGCCAGAGAAUGUUCCAUGAGAAAUGGUUGCGAUGUGAAAAUAACCGAGUUGGAAAAUUUAUCUGAAGGUAUCGGAGUGGAAAUGUUUUUCGUGUUUAUAAUAGCAAUCAUUUCACUUGUCUUGGUAGAAGAUAUUGCAGUGUUAGGGCUGAAUGGAGAAUACUGCAUCGGCGAAAUUUUUAAACCGCACUGUGAGAGAGGAGAAGUGAUCUUCAUUAGGAAAGCCCAUUAUGGACGGAUGAACAUUGGAAGGUGUUUAACGGAGGCUGAGUUGGAAGCUUAUGGAUCAAACAGGAACAACCCGAAAUUUUUCGGUUGUUUCAAAGAUGUGCACUCGUAUGUAGCUGAAAAAUGUAGCAUGAAAAGUAACUACGACGUGACAGUAGCCGAGUUGCAAAAAAAAUUUGAAGGGGUCUGCGGACCUGGCCUGAACAUGCAUCUCAAUGUUACUUAUUCGUGUCUCAAAGUUGUUCAGCUGGACGACGAUUGCGAGAUGUCGGCGUCGAACGAGGUGAAGUACGUGGAGGCGUCUGAGAUAUCCAGCAGGAGCAGGUGUGCAUCGGCCGGCAAGUCAUUCAGCAUAGAAGCCCCCAGAGGUCAGAACAUCAAAAUGACUCUCCAGUUGCUCCAUCAACUCGAGAAGAAGAAGCAGGAGGGUGAGGAGGAGGAAGAAGAAGUGAUGUGCGAUAGAGUCCUGGGCACGAUUAAAUACCUCAACAAGGAUUACAUGAACAUUUGUAGCAAUGGAUUUGCUAGGGACAAAGAUUCCCUUGUCAAACAGGAAUUUGUCUCCAGUUCCGACCUGAUUUAUGUUAAUUUCAUUCAAAAGAUAUCAAAGAACAACAUUUUUCUGAUCAAAAUAGAAGCCGUAGGAUGCAGGGACAUAAUUCAGCCGGAAGACACGUGGAUGCAACGCAGUGGAGAUGAGAUGAUCAUCGGAUGUUUCAUGACCAAACAGAAAUGGUACCUACGCUGCUUGGACCGCGUCUGGUCUGGCGUCAUUGGGAACUGCUCCAACUCUCUGCCCCACUCAAGCGAGACCUCAUCAAGCAAAAUGAAAGCAGGUCCACAAAGCAAAUCUGACAUCUCAAAGAAACAGCAACUCCUGGUCAUCGUAUCGAUCUGCGGUAUGGGAGUGGUGGCCUGUGUGACGAUCAUAUGUGCGGGAAUCAUCUGCCUGAAAAGGUGCAACAUGAAGCAGAGGAAGAACCUGCCCAACUACUACAAGUCGACACCCAACAACAACAACGUCCAACAAACCAUGCGUCUCCACCAUCAACACCAACCUGAUCUUAUGAAUCCAGUCUUGCAACAAUACAACACAAACAUGCAGUCCCUACAACAACAACAACAACAACAACAACUUCAACCUCAAAUCAAAUACAACAACAUCAGAGAGGAUGGGGAUGAGGGCAGCCAACAUCUGAAAGAGGAAGACGAAAGGUAUCAAGUACUCGACCAACAGGAGGUCGCCAGGGAAACUUUGGUGCUUCUUUGA